CUAAAAGUGGCCACGAAAUUUCAUUCCCGUUAGGCGCCUGUAGACAAGGCUACAAAAUGUAUGAAGUUGGUAGGCUACUGGUUAACAGCCCAAAGAAACUUGGAAAAAAAGCCACAUUGCUCUUUGGAAUUGGACUGAUAGGCACUUGUUUUCUCUAUUAUACGUCAGAACCGUUAACUGUACGUAGAAGAAAGCCACUGAAACAAGUCGGUGAAAUCUCAGUUGAUGUUUGCAUCCCAUCGAAUGAAACGAAUAAUUCCGAUGAUAUACCGAAAACGAUCCUCUUCUGGACAACAUUUUAUGGCGCUAAUGUGUGGAGUAAAUUAAAAAUGGAUUUGAAUGAAGAAUGUCCCUCUCACAACUGUCGAUUAACCACCGAUCGGCGCCUGUUGAACGAAAGUGACGCCAUUAUCUUUCAUUUUUGGCAAGAUAAGUUGGACCGAAUACCGACUUGUCGCAGACCGGAUCAAUAUUACGUCUAUUUAAAUUUCGAGUCUGCCAUUCGCAGUCGAAGAUUUUUCCCUUGGAAGAUGAUCCCCCACGACUUCUUCAAUUUGACGGCCACUUAUCGACUCGAUUCUGAUUUUUUCGGCAAAAUGUUUUACGGCUUCCAGUUUGAACGUUUAGAAUCUAUCCAACCGACAAGUGAUGAUUUGACUAAUUAUUACGGCGUCAACAUUACGGCCAAGACGAAAUUGGUCGCUUGGUUUGUCAGCAACUGCCAAACUACGGUUAAUCGUGAGGGAUAUGUCCGGGAACUUCGUCGUCAUAUCUCAGUUGACGUCUUUGGAAAUUGUACCGAGAAUCACAAAUCGUGUCCGAGAAAGAAAGAUGCCAACAAUCAGCCGCUUUAUUACGUUAAAACGGAGUGCGACGAAGCGCUGGAGCGGGAUUAUUUGUUUUACCUGAGCUUCGAAAAUUCGUUUUGUCCAGAUUACGUCACGGAAAAGUUUUUCAGGGCCGUCGAAAUGGGAACUGUUCCGGUUGUGUUUGGAGGUGCGAAUUAUUCCCUGUUUGCUCCGCCGCAUUCGUACAUCAACGCUCGUGAUUUCCAGACGCCCAAAUUGCUGGCGGAAUAUUUAGUCAAAUUAAGUCAGAAUCUCGAUCUUUAUUCUAAAUAUUUUGACUGGAGAGGAGAGUUUAAUUUGAAACGGGGUUCCGGUUGGUGUAAACUUUGCGAAAUGCUCAACGAUCCCGUGGCGGAAAGGAAAAGUUACCCAGUCAUUGAGGAAUGGUUUUUUGAUAAAAAACCUUGUGAAAAUUUUCACUGGACUAACAAUACAAUUAAUUAAAAUGAA